ACCACCAGGCGGUUCUGUCUGACGUGUCUCUGGACCACCAGGCGGUUCUGUCUGACGUGUCUCUGGACCACCAGGCGGUUCUGUCUGACGUGUCUCUGGACCACCAGGUGGUUCUGUCUGAUGUCUCUGGACCACCAGGCGGUUCUGUCUGACGUGUCUCUGGACCACCAGGCGGUUCUGUCUGACGUGUCUCUGGACCACCAGGCGGUUCUGUCUGACGUGUCUCUGGACCACCAGGCGGUUCUGUCUGACGUGUCUCUGGACCACCAGGCGGUUCUGUCUGACGUGUCUCUGGACCACCAGGCGGUUCUGUCUGAUGUCUCUGGACCACCAGGCGGUUCUGUCUGACGUGUCUCUGGACCACCAGGUAGUUCUGUCUGAUGUGUCUCUUCCUGUUUCCAGGCCUGUCCAAGCCCACACAGGGGACCUCCCUGGUUCCACCUAAGUCCAGACUGCAGACCCCCGUCACAGGUCCCGUUGCCCCCAGGAAGGUCCAGCGCCGCCCCUGGUCUUCUGCAGAGAAGGAGGCGAUCUGGAGGCAGCUGGCGGUCCACGUUCUGGUCAAGACGGUACCGGGGAAGGAGGUCUGUCAGCGCUGUCUGGACCUGGAGCCGGUCCUCAGGGGCCGACACUGGAAGGACAUCAAGAACCAGGUCCACAACCAGAUCCAGAGCCAGAAGAAGCAGCAGUUCCACGCUCAGAUGGACCUGGAGGAGAACCAGGAGCACCAAGACCAAAUCCAGAACCAGAAGAAACCCCAGUACCAACCUCAGAUGGACCUACAUGACCAGGACAACCCACAGAACCAGAAGAGACCCCAGUACCAACCUCAGAUGGACCAACGUGACCAGGACAACCCUCAGAACCAGAAGAGACCACAGUACCAGCUCCAGAUGAACCACCAGGCCCAGGACAGCAUCCAGAACCAGAAGAAGCUGGAUGACCACGCCCACCUGAACCACCAGGACCACCUCCACGUCCACAAGAAGCAGCUGUGCCACAGCAGACUGGACCACCAGGACCACGGCCCGGUCCACAAGAAGCAGCUGUACCAGAUGGACCAGCAGACCCUGCAGACGUUGGACCGGGACCCCUCCAUCCUCACGGUGGCCCCUUACGGACCCGACGGACACCGAGGACCCGGACAUCCGUUACUGGACCGGGAGCCCUCCAUCAGCCCCUACCCCCUGCUGCACCGGGCCCCAGGACCCCACAUGGACCAGCUGCUGUCCAGAACAGACUGGGCCGAGGAGGCCCUGGCCCAGAACUACCCGCUCAGCAGACCGCUGGGUCGGAACCUGCUGCAGGACGUCCCUCCUGGAGGACCACCACCGGACCCACACUCUGGACACGUCCACUUCUGAGGAACCACGGCCCGGUUCUGAUGGACUUUACUGACUGACAAGGCCCGGUUCUGAUGGACAUUUAUGACUGACAAGGAGCAGUUCUUUUUUUAUUAUUAUUAUUCUUUAUUUUCAGAAAGUGGGAUUCAAUACAAACAUGUUCAAGACAGAUAUUUUGAAAUACCAUCCACUUGUUUUUUUUUCCUUAGAAAUACAAAUGAACAGUUAGAACAUACCAAAACAAAACAAAAACAAAAACAAAAAAAAGAAAAAAGGGGGGAAGUGCACACAUUAAGUCUAUUAAAGUACACACAGUCUAUUUCAAAAAACAAUUUUAAGAGCAGGUGAUCUCGAUAAAGUCUGGUUGUAAUGGCUUUACAAAUCUGACCAUCUACUCAUCAGUUUACAAAGGCUCUCUUGUUAAGACGAACAGCAAAUGAAGUGGCUUCCAUCCUAUAAAUGUCGUUUACAAUGUUUAUCCAUUGGGACAGCGUGGAGGGGGGGGGGGGGGGGGUCAGGAAGGAGCCAACAUCAUGUGAUUGCCUUUUUGGCUGCUACUAUCAGAAUUGAAAAAGGAUAUUUAUUCAGCUGUCUGCCAUAAUGUUACAAUUUUCCAGAAAUAUAAUAGAGAACUGUAGUGGUAUCUUAAUAUUAACAUCUUAAUUAUGGCUUUAUUAACAUCAAGCCAGAAAGGCUUUAUUUUGGGACAUUCCCAAAGUAUGUGCCAAUGUCCUGCCAACAAGGUGCGGUUCUGAUGGACUUCACUGACAGCCAAGGCCCGGUUCUGAUGGACGUGUCCACAUAAAGACAUUGAGGACAGACGGGCCCUCUAACUGGACCCUGAGCUCACUGAAUGUCAGAACUUCUGCUUUUUGAAGGAGACGUGAGAACAUGCUGAAGGAACAGGACCACCUGACCUGGUACUGCAGGUCGGCUCUGGUUCUGCUCCGAGGACCAGUUCCUGAACCAGCAUGGGGGUUCUGCUCAGGAGGUGGAAUAAAUCCAGGUUCUGGUGUCAGAACUAUGCAGAGCAGAGCCACAGUUUAUUUACUGUCUGAUCCGGCACAGUCCAAGGGAGGACAAACCAGAACCUCUGAGCUGGACCCUACAGGUAACGUGUGUUCAGUCUCAGUUCUGUGUGUUUCCAUAACUUUAACAGUCGUACUCUUUAACCAGCCACGUUCAGUGUUAUUGCUGUUGUCAUGGGAACCGUCAGCUGUGUGUCCUGUCAGCUGUUCACCACUAGAUGGCAGCGUGUCCUCUGGAAUGAACUGUUGAGGUUUUUAAGGGAAUAAAAACGUUUUUACAGCCCUGA